GACACGGUCGCACGUUUGUGACGUUUGCACAAGUAUCUCUCACUUUUACGUAGAACAAAACUGUGAGUAAUCAUCGCGUGUGUUUAUUAUUUUAAGUAAUAACAUUGCUGUUCCUAAACAUCACAGAUCGGCUGUUCAAUCAUCAGACACAGUGUUUAAUCGGAUUUAUGUGCUGUGAUGGCGAUUCUGUUUGCGGUGGUGGCUCGUGGUUCCACGGUUCUGGCCAAACAUGCUCGUUUCUCUGGAAACUUUCUGGAGGUGACGGAACAGAUUCUGGCUAAAAUCCCAUCUGAAAACAACAAACUCACAUACUCUCACGGCAGCUAUCUCUUUCACUACAUUUGCCACGAGAGGAUCGUCUAUCUGUGCAUUACUGAUGAUGAGUUUGAGCGGUCCCGUGCUUUUGGCUUCUUAAAUGAAGUGAAGAAGAGAUUUCAGAGCACAUACGGGUCACGUGCACAGACAGCUCUUCCCUACGCCAUGAACAGUGAGUUCUCCAACACGCUGGCUGUACAAAUGAAACAUCAUUCAGACCCCAAAGGCUCAGACACUCUGACAGAAACACAGGUGCAAGUGGAUGACCUGAAAGGCAUUAUGGUCCGAAACAUUGAUCUCGUAGCACAGAGAGGAGAGAAGCUAGAGCUCCUUAUCGAUAAAACUGAGAACUUGGUAGAUUCUUCUGUCACCUUUAAAACAACAAGCCGUAACCUGGCACAUGCCAUGUGUAUGAAGAACCUUAAGUUAACAGUCAUUAUCAUAGUAAUUCUACUGGUGGUGUUGUACAUAAUAGUGACUGCUGCUUGUGGAGGACUCAGCUGGCCAAGCUGUCGGAAGAAGUAGAGCACGCAUGAAAUUUGAUAGUUCAUCGGUCUACAAGAAUUUUAGAGACCAUUUGUUUUCUCCUAAUCACUUUUUAUUUUUCUUCAACUCACAUUAUCCUCAUUUGACUUUCAACAAUGAUAUGCUGGCAAACAGAAAGACGCUGAACUCCUCAAACAAAUAGCGGAGAUCUGCAGUGCUCCGAUCAAUGCAUUAUAUAUUUUUUGUUCAGAUAUAUUAUGUUAAUGCUAUAGUUUUAGUUUUUUGGUUAUUUUCCUAAGUGUGUAAUGCAGAUAUACUUUGUGAGAUAAAAUGGGUAAUUUUAAAGUCACUCAAAAAUGCACAUUCUGUCAACAUUUGCAAUAAUAAGUUUAAAAACAACAGCAUAAAAAUAGUAAUACAUUGCCAUGUAAUUUCUUUGUCUGACGGACAGAUGGAUAUUUUCAUCCACUAUGCUUUUUUUGUCUUAAUUUGGCCACAACUUUCUCCGUUUCAUCAAAUGCAAUGUUUUUUGUGACAAAUCUUAUAUUGACAUAUUUUAGGAAAAUGCUUAGAAAUCUUUCAAAAACUCAACAAUACGUUGUGGGCAUAUGUACAACCCUUUCAUGUUCGUGGAUUAAAACUAAACAGCUGUAAAAUGUUAGCAGAUUAAUAUUUUUUUUACUAUUUUUUUUUUUGCAUAAAUCUGUUAACUUAUCAGCUGAUCAAAACUGCCAAAUGUUUACAAAAGUUUCAUUAUUUUAACUCUGUAAUUGCCAAGUAUAUAAGUGAUGUCACUGAUUUGGUGAAAAAAACACAAAAUGGUUGACUUUCAAUAAAAACUUAUUGUGGACUGGAUUUUUUUACCUUUUUCAAAGUGUUGGGCAUGUAAAAUAUUAGUAAAAACAUGGCUUUGAUGCAUUUUUAUUUUUUGUGCAGCAUCAGAUUAAAUUUUUUCUCCCUCAUUUAUUGUUCGUGGCUGUUUUUGCCCCAUUGACAUCCAUUGUAAGGACAUUUUUUUUAUUGCAAAGCCAUGACAUCAUAUUAUCAUGUAUUCUUGUUGUUGAUGUUUUUUUCCUUUCGCAAAGAGGUAAAAUUUGUCAUUUUUACUGUCGAUCACCAUGUGGCACCAUUAACCCUUUAGUAGUGUAUGUGUGCACGUGUUUGUUCAGUCUUUCCAGCAGGACUAGCAGAAUAUCUCUUUGUGCUCUCUGCAUGUGUGUCCACCACAACAGGUGCUGACUGUUGUUCUUUUUGUUCUGAGCACCACUUGCAUGUUCCCCUCUUCCCUGAGCUGUUGGUGUCUGUGGAUUUGUGUCUGGAGGGACCGCUGCAGGAGACUAAAUCUCUCUCACCAGUGCAGCAGCUCUUUCCUAAAUACUAAUCCUAACCCUACAGACACACACAAUAAUAUGCUGUUAUUCUUCAUAUAACUCAAUGUACAAACCAGAAAUUAAGCUUUGUUUUUGCACAGGCCUAUAGGGUUAAUGGUGCCAAAAAGUGAUCAACAGUAAAAAUGACAAAUUUUAUCUCAUAGCAAAAGGAAAAAACACCUAAAUCAAGAAUGCAUGAUUAUAUGAUGUCAUGGGUCUGCAAUUAAAAAAAUUAAUUUAAUGGAAGUCAGUGGGACAGAAACAGUAAAUGAGGGAGGAAAAAUGUAAUCUGAUGCUUCACAAACACUAAAAAUGCGUCAGAGCCAAUGUUUUUACUUAUCUUUGGCAUGCCCAAGACUGUGAAAAAGGUUAAAAAAAUCCAGCCCACAAUCACUUUAUUUAUUGAAAAUUGGUCAUUUUGUGUUUUCCCCCAAAUCAGUGACAUCACUUAUUAACUUACCAAUUAAAGAGAUAUGUAAACAUUUGGUAGUUUUUGCAAAAACACAUAUUAAUCUGAUAAAUUUUGACAGGGUUUUAAUUUAGUGGAUUUUUCAUCCAUGAACAACACGCAAGGACAGUAAAUUUGGACAAUGCACAAGGGUUAAAGUCAUAUGGACUUUUAGACUGCAAAAAAAAUGACUUUCUUUCUUAGUAUCUUGGUCUUGUUUUUGGUAAAAAUAUCUUAAAAAUCUUAAAUUAAGAUGUAUUUUCUUGAUGAGCAAAAUUACCCAGGAAAAUAAGUCUUGUUUUAUAGACAAAAAAAUAUAAACUUUAAGUAAAUUAGUACUUAAAACAAGCACAAAAAUGCCAAUGGAAUAAGAAACAUUUUCUUGAAAUAAGUUUACUUUAUUCAUAAACAUAUGAAUAUCUUAUAUCUUAUAAUUUUAUUCCAUUGGCAAUUUUUUUUUGCCAAGUAGAAAUUUGCUUAAAUUUUAUAUUUUUUAAAUAUAUUUUUCUAGGUAAUUUUGCUCAUCAAGAAAAUACAUGUUAAUUUAAUAAUUUUUAGAUAUAAUUUUUGUCUUGUUUUCAGUAAAAAAUAAGUAAGAAAGUCAUUUUUGGCAGUGUAUGAUUCUUUUAUUGUGAAUGUUAAAGUCAUCAUACGUAUGGAAUCCAUUAGGUUGAGUUAAUGAUGACAAUAUUAGCUUUUGGGGUAAAUUCUUCAUUAGGCCUCCUGUUAACCUGUAAGGAAAGGUUAGUAAUGGUUCGUUAGACUCAUUAUUCAACUGAACCUUCAUGUUGUGGAGUAAAUUAGUGUAACAGUAACAUAAAAAAGUGAAUGAAA